AUGCCGCCCAUCAUAUCUCAGCUCAUAAAAUUUACCACCCACUCUGGCUUCACCCUUGCCUCUGGCGCAUUCGCGGACCUCCGCAGAGCGGUGACUAGGCAUGGGGUACAGGAACAAUACUAUGGCCUCUGCACCGACGCCCCAAACACCUUGUUGUGGGUUAUCCAGUGGCCGAUGCCUCAAGGGCCACAGGAGUCCGCGUCCUUCAAAGCCUUCGUCAAUGCUCUUGAUGUGAGCGGGACACCCGCAAUCACCUACCUGCCCUUUGCACACGAGAGUUUGCCGAGGCCCGCACUCAUGGCGCCAGUGUGCGAAAUAUGCUUCAUCCACAUAAACGACAAAAGUGUUGACGAGUCGUUGGCGCAUUCGCUGCAAAAGACGUUCACCGACUGCUAUCUCGCGCAAGGCUUCGUUGGAGGAGCCUGGAGCACGGCAAGAGACGACCCAUUGCUGAACUAUUACUAUCUUGGUUGGCAAACCCGAAAGGCGCGUUUGUCUUGGACUGGAAAUUGA